AUGGCAUCGACUUCGGCCGAUCGCGAGGCCAUCCUUCAAGGGGGCCUAUGCGAAAGGUUUGCCGUGCCGGAGAAUCCGCAGUUUAUCUACCGCGGUCUCGCAUCCACCAUCCUUUUGGGAGUUGAGAAAAAGACCAACUUGCGAGUCGCGAUCAAGGCGCUUUUGAAAAGCAGGUUCGAGAACGAGAAGGAGUUGAAGCAGUCCCUGCGUGAGAUAGAGCUUCACGCAUCGGUCCCACGUCACAAGAAUGUCCUGGAGCUCUUGUACUCGGAGGAGCAGGCUUUCGCCAUCACCUUGGUCUUCCCGUACACACCAGAUGGUGAUUUGUGGGAGCUCAUGCGGUACGGACAGACCUACUGCGAGAAGGAAGUUAGGAAUUGCACCGAACAGCUAUUGAGUGCCCUGCACCAUGUGCACACAGCCAAUAUCUUGCACGGUGACAUCAAGCCGCACAACUUCCUACUCUUCAGAGUAGAUGGUCGUUUCGCCGUUCAGCUCUGUGAUUUCGGCUUUGCAGAGCAUCCAGAUCAGCCUGGAGGAGUUUUCACCCAUCGGGAGUUGAAAGGGACGCACGGCUGGUUCGCUCCAGAGAUGCUGGCAGAGCAGAGCCACAGCUUCAGUUUGGACCUUUUUGGGAUCGGCCUCAUCCUUUGGAGGCUCCUCGCUGGGUAUGCGCCGUUUGAUCCGCCCUCCUGCUUCGUCCCUCUCGAGUUUGACGAGAGGUACUGGUGCCACGUCAGUGCUCCAUGCAGAGAAUUGGUGGCGCAAUUGCUCUCCCUCACACCGGGGAAUCGGGGUACAGCGGCUCAGAGCCUGCAGCACCUUUGGCUGGCGGGAGGUGAGCCUCCGGAGCCUUCCGCGGAAGUGAUGCAAGAGCUUGCCAAGUACGGCGCCCCACCACAAACCAGUGUCCACUUUUGGCCCGUGGGUCUGAUUCCAUCCAAGGAGUGGCAGAAAAGUUAUGCCAACCUGGUCGAUGCCUGUGGUGAGGCCUCGGAGGACGAGCUGUCUCCAACCUCAGCUUAG